CGCCCCGGGAGCGACGGCGCCGCCGCAGCCUCAGUGCUUCUGCGCGGUCUCCGCGCGGUUCCGGGGUCCGGGUUUUUUUGUUAUUUUUCCCCCAAAGAAACAGCCUUGGAGCCGGAGCGACCGCCCCCCACAAAAACCCACAGGACACCUGGCCUCGGGUCAUUGGCAAAAUCCCCAAUUUUUCCGGCAAAGGGCUGAUCGAGGCGACAUUUAGGGCUGGGAAGGGUGGGGAGGUGACGGCUCAGGUCCGGGGCUGCCGGCGAGGACGUUCCAGCUCAGAGGCGUGGACUCGGUCUCGCUAUUGCGGCUGGGCUGGCGCCGGGAUUCGAACCCGUGCUGCUGAGCCCAACUUCGAACUCUGAGGACUUGUGGAGCUAAGAUGGCCCAGUCCUUGGUUUGUGCAGACACCGUGAGCAGGGUGAGUUCGGUUCUGAAUCGCAACACCCGGCAGUUUGGAAAGAAGCACCUGUUCGACCAGGACGAGGAGACGUGCUGGAACUCGGACCAGGGCCCCUCCCAGUGGGUGAUACUGGAGUUUCCCCGGCGCGUCCGUGUCUCCCAGCUGCAGAUCCAGUUCCAGGGGGGCUUUUCCAGUCGCCGGGGCUGCCUAGAAGGUUCUCAGAGGAGUGAGGCUCUCGGUAAGAUUGUGGACUUCUACCCUGAAGACAACAACUCCAUUCAGACCUUUCCCGUACCGGCUGCGGAAGUGGACCAGCUGAAGGUAACGUUUGAGGACCCCGCGGACUUUUUUGGCCGAGUGGUCAUCUACCACCUGCGAGUGCUGGGGGAGAAGGCGUGAGGCCGCUGGGCAGCGCCUCCUCCCGGAGACCCUCAGGAAGCACAGCCCAGUCCUGCGAGUUCUGCACGGCUUUAUUGGUUUCUGCCGGGAAGCACCCCUCCCACCGUCUGUCUGUCCGUCCGGAGCUGCCUCUGAAGCCAGUGCUGGGUUCCCCCAACGCUGGGCCGACCGUCUUGUUCCCUGAGUGUCUGAGUCCCUGUGGGGAAGGCGGCCUUCACUCGGGGUCGUCGGGCACCAGGUUGUUCUGAAAGAGUCUGAGGAUGUGGUUCUCGAUCACCUGUUGCACUGGAAACGGGACCAGGAAAAGGUGGCCGUGAAUGGGACUGGGCUGCAGAGAAACACGCCCACCUGCACCCGCCCUUCCCCGGGGUUACUGCCUUGAGAACAGCUACACCCUGCCCUCCGGGGGGCGAACAGGGCCCUCCCCACGUACAAAGGUAAAUCCGCACGCCUCCCAGGGCACAGCUGGGAAGACUGAGGCCCCUAUCGGCGACCAGAAUUGAACCCGGGACCUUUCAGUCCGCAGGAGACUGAGGCCCCUAUCCCAGGAACCUCAGUUUCCCCUAAGUUUAUAAAAAUGUUUUUGGAGGCAUUUCAGAGUUAUAAAAAUACUCCUUACAAAACAAAA